GGAACCGCUUGUUUUAACAACUAGUUUGAAUGUGACAAUAGUCCGUGGAUCUGAAUUCGCUGCAAGACAAGGUCAUCUGUGGACGAUCGGCCUCUUCUCGCUGCUUUGAUUGCUGCUUCUAGAUCCAAUGCCUUUUAGCUGCAGAUCUUAUGGAUCCCAAGACUCGUGAAUCUAGAACGAAUUUCCGAGUUGGCUGUAAAAAAUGCGGGUUUACUGGACAUCUGACAUUUCAGUGUCGCAACUACCUGCGUGGAGGGGUAUCAGGAGAUGUUGUCUUAGAUGUCAGUAGCACCAGUUCUCAGUCUGAUGAAAGCGAAAUCAUCGCAGCAGCAUUAGAACUGCGACGAGCAGCACUGGAAAAAGAGGCUGCAAAAAAGAAAGUGAAAAAGUCUAAAGAGAAGAAGAAAAAACGUGUCUCUAAAAAACGAAAGCAUUCAGAGACAGAAUCUUCAGAUGAUGAUACGGAAGAAGAGAAGGCAACUACUAGCAGUCGAUCUGAUUCAUCGGCUUCCUAUUCUUCUACAUCAGACCGCCAUCAUCAUCAUCAACAUCACCGUCAUCGGCAUCAUAGAAAAAAGCAUAAGUUGAAGAAAUCACAUAAACACUCGAAAAGAAAGCAUAAACAUCAUAAAAGUACUGAUGAAUAAUAAAGGGAAGACUUUGUACGCCUACUUCUUACUGUAUACUGGUGUUAUUUAUUGAUCUGUUCUUGUUUUCUUGUAUUUUUGUAUAGACACUUUGUGAUGCAAUAAAUUCUUUUAUUAUUGUAUUUCUCUGUAUCAUACAAAUAGGUUUCCGAUUAAAUACAUGUAUAAAUAUUUUU